AUGAUUGAGAAGUAUGAAUCCCUUUCACAUUCAAAUACUCGCAACCAACCACUACCGCACCAGCAAUCGGCAAAUCCUGCUUCUCGGUCUGCUUUUCGCCGCCUUGGGAAGUCAGUCCUUGCUCGAGCCAGGCUUUUUGUCGAAAAUGCUGCUGCGCAAACUACACCCAACCGGAGCCUAGGGAGAACGGUACCACCAAGAAGAAGAUUUUUGAAGUUUUCAAGUAAAAAAAAGAAACACCGUGCCACUAAAAAUGGGAGCAACGGCUUUGAUCAUGACGGUACAAUCAGUAGCAAUAGCACACUCACGGAAACUGGAAGCAGUAUAACCGCAUCCACACCCCCCGUAGCCCGAAUUUUACCAUCGUCGUUCUUCAAACAGCUGGCGUCGUCAAAUGAGUCGUCAACUAGAAGAAAAUCAAAGUCACGCGGUCAGCGGAGAAAGAGAGGAAUAAGCCCAAAGAUCAGGGAUCUACGUUUAGAUAUGGCCAGGAAGGAAUCCAGAUUUUCUGAAAUAACGAGGAAGCUUAUGCCCCCAAAGGUAUCCGUACGCGAUCUCAAGGAACGAUUUCAGGAGGCAGAGAGAGCAUAUACGCAUAAAGACUUGAGAUUAGAGGAACUCGAUGGGUCCUCUAGAGUUCGACUACGUGGAAACAUGAUCACUAAUGAGCCGGGAAAGACAACAUCUAAACAGUUUUUACGUGAUAAGUUGAUGUCAGGAGGUAUAGAUGGUUCUUUUGCGAGCUUUGCACAAGAUCAAAACUCGGGAUAUCGGGAUAAUGAUAGCGAUUUCUUUUAUGAGGCUUUCGAUAAAGAGUUUGUCCCCCGUAACUAUAUAUACCUUACCUCCACAUAUCAAGCUCCUUGCUUUGCGGCUUCGUUCUUAAGGGUAUGUGCUAACAUUGACGGCAGAGAUCUUCGGUUAUCAAACUGCGAGUCUACUGAGUUGAUGUGUAGAGAUGACAUGAACUAUCUGAAUACGGAGUAUCAUUGCAUGGCAGAUGGUUCGCUUUCAAACUUUGGGUACUUCUUACUUCGCCUGGAGUCCGAGGCUGGAACGCCUGACUCGAGAUCGGAAGCAGAAUCAGCAAAUGAAAAUGUCUUUUUCACAGCACCUAUGCCCAGUACUGGGCUAGAUUCUGCUCAGGGGACGAAGAAGAUGUAUAGGAAAACACCGCCACCAAGCGGAUUCUUUUUCCAUCCGGAAAAUACUAAGAAUGAGACCCAGAAAGUUAGUGAAGAGAAUGAAGUAGAUUCUUAUGCCGCUCACCAUUCUAUAGCCAUGGAUAUUGUGAGCCCAAAGCCGAUGAAUGCGGUACAGGCUGCACAACUUAGGAGCAUGGUGUUUCGGUACACCUAA